GUCCGGCGGGAUGUUGAGAAGGAGCGCGCAGGCGUAGUGUUUACAUUGCGCGUUAUCGAAAGAUUUGUCAAUGGUAAGAAAUGUAUUGAAGACCUAAGUGAUGUUUUAUGUUUACGCUGAAAUGCCGCUUCUCCGCUUUUAUUCCCGUGACAUGUCGAUGAACUAUAGUUGUGUGUUAAACCUUUCCUGCCUCCUCACCGGACCGUGGUCGGGCGUCACAGGGGAGGUGUUCCGUCACCUCCAAGGCUGGAGCGCGCACUCCAGGGUUUAAUGUCCUUUUCGUCGGCUGGAGCUGGGACAUGGAUGAGUCGAGUCUUUGGUAGAGCGUUCUUUUAGUUUAUUUCGUCGCAGUUCGAAGUUGACAAGUACCGGGCACUUCUACACGUUUUCUUCCCCAGAGAGACGUCAAUCUCCCGGCAGCCCCUCCCACACGCAGCGGCCACACCACACAUACACGAACAGCGGCAGACACUCCACACUCACUCCUACAACAUGUGUUUUUGUGUGCCACUGCUUGAAGUUGUCACAGUCAGGUGGACGGACAUGGCAGCGCAGAUGACCGACAGCCACCGCAGGUUCCUACAAACCCUGAUGGCUAACGGAAUUGUGAGUGAAAGACAGGCGAGGACUUUGCAUCGGUUCUGUUGCGAGACGCACAACGCGCCUUAUGACCCAGAAAACCUGGACAACUUCGUCAGUGCCAUCAACGCAAAACUGCAACCCUUGUCUAUGCAGAUCAGGAAAGGCCUCUCGGAAGAGAAGGGCGAUCAGCACUAUGCUCUGGUGAACAUGACGGAGAACGAUGUGACCAAGUUGUCAUCUGAUUAUGCGGAAAAUGAGCUGGAGCUGUUCAAGAAAAUUAUGGACCUGAUUGUGGGCUCUGACUGUGGCACUGCCACCUCCAUCGACAUCCUGAACAGCACAGACACCCUCACCACGAAGAAACUGAAGAAGAUUGAGGCGGAGCAGCUGCUGAACAGACUGGUGCAGGACCAGUGGCUCUGCGAGAAACAAGGGGUCUAUUCCUUGUCCACCAGAUGCAUCCUAGAGAUGGAGUCCUACAUCCGUGCAAUGUACCAGGACCAGCUCAAGCUGUGUCACAUCUGUCACAACGUAGCUUUCCAGUGCCAAGUAUGUGAGAAUCCCACGUGCUCCAUCCGAAUACACAACCCCUGUGCCACCAGAUACUUCAAGGACAGGAAGGAGCCACAGUGUCCGGCCUGCAACGACGCGUGGUGCCACAAAAUACCCGCAGACAUCAGAGGACGUCAGUCUCGGAACACGAGAUGAAGUACAUUCUCUAACUGUGUCUUUUUUUAAAACUAUGUUGUUCAUCUGAAUAAAACAUGUUUUUAAAUCUGGAGCAUGUCAUUAAAUGAUGAGGUGGUGAAGAACUUCUGGUGGAGGUGGGUUGUGACUUCAGACUGAAAGGA